CUGCAUCGAACCACUACAACGAGUCAAAACAGUCGGGCAGUCUGGAUGAACGCUUAAUUAUUUUUCUUCUUCUCUUUCUCCCUUUCUAAACUUCUGGCUCCGUUCAUUCAAUCAGUGUUGACAAUUCAAGCAUUAUUAUGAUAUCAUCAGGUCCUCACACCUGUACUUAUUAGCCUGUUUAUAUUAAAAACAAAAAUAUUUCUCCUGUUUAUAGUUCUCAGUGGGAGUGUCGUGUUUCAUAUAGUGGUUUCGUUCAUGCUGUCGCAGUUUCCUCGUGUGUUUCUAUGGCCGCGAGAAGUGUGAGGCCUACGUGUCGUCGUGACAAUUGGCACGACUAUGCAAUCAGUUAAUAAUUCUUAAGACUGCAGUAAUUAAACCCAUGUUUUUUUGGUGAAAUAAAUCAGUGUUACUUAUAAACAAUUACGAUCAUAAAAGAGGAAAAUUCCAUAAUUUUUUUUUUUUAAACUGUGAAAAAAAUAAGAGAAAAACUAAACAACUUGAUCACGCGGGCGUUUCCUGUGGCAUCCUUGUAGUUAACUCCAGAACAGUUUGCAAAGGUUUUUUUCUAGUGAAUGUGACGAAAUCUUAUACUCAUGACCUACUGACAAAAGGGUUUCAACAUCAAUUAUGCACUUGGAAUAAAAACAGCCAUUCGGAUUCAUUAUCAACAUUGUGCCCUAUUUUUCUUUAAGGAUAAUCUUCUAAUUCCAUAGUUCAUGAUGCCAGAAAAAAUGUUAAGCUUCAUCAGCAGACGUUGUAGGUGGGAGAGGAGCACGCGUGGAGGCGAGUCCGAUCGCGCGGUUUUCGUCGCCGACGGCAAACAAGAUAAUGGUCGUCUCUCACAACCUCGGUGAGCUAGUAUUACCUCAACGUUGCAGUAAUACAAGUGAUCGUCAAUACCAAGACAAGAAUCACUACUAUAAUCAUCAGAACGUUGUCUGUCGAUCAGGCCAAUCAGCCCAAGACAAACGCAGCAGACUAUCGAACGUGAUAAAUAAUUUGAAAAAAAAAGUUCCAGAGUCUGGUUGUGAAUCUUGUGAUACUGACGGAAGGAAUAGUGUUGAAAGGAACCUGGAAACACUUGAAAAAUACGUGAUGACUGUUUUAAAUGGUGUAAUUAAAGACGCGGAGACGGAAGGCCGAGGGGUUAGUGGAAUAAAUGGAAUUGUAAAUUCAGAGGAUACGAGUAGAUUCAGUGGCUCAAAUUCUAAAGAAGAUGCAAGAAUUAUUACUGAAGAUGACAGAGAUCCAGUCGUCAAUCAUGAGCCUUCUGAACCGAGUGCUGUGGAACCUGCAGUGCCGGACGGGGAUAUAAUAGUAGAUAAAAGAGAGAACGAGGAUAAAGAAAUGAAUCAAUCUAGUGAAGAUGAGAGUUUGAAGAUGGCUAAUGAUACGAGGAAUUGUAAUGCUGAAACAGUAGCCAAGACCAAAGAAGCUAAUCCGUUAAAUGCUACUCCGAGUGUAUCACAAGCUCGAAAGUCCAGUUUAGAUCAACAACUAGACGCUGAUGUUGCAAUAUUAGAUGUAGCUUUGAACGAUAAAGUCGAGAAUUCUAAUAUGGAUCAAAGUGAAUCUAGUGUAGAACGCGUAGAAAGAAGCUUUGCAUCUAGUGAAGACAUUCGAAUUAUUUGCCGAGAUAUUUUGAAUGAUCUUUUGAAUGAUAUUAGUCAGAUGUUUGAAAAUGAAGAGAGUAUUGAUCCACCAACAACAAGUUUCCAUUGUAGUCUACCACUCGAUAAAGUAGCACCAGCUCUGCAAACAUAUGAGUCUGUUGAAGCACCAACUACUGCCUCUCAGGUGUCUCCAAAGUCUUCUCCAAAGUCUUCACCUUCCUCAACAGUUCGACAUCUAUGCUUGUAUUGCGAUAGAAAAUUUUUAUCUAUUUCCUUACGUCAGCGACACAUCGAAAGAGUACAUCAACUCAAUGGUGGAAGACGUAGCAGUGAGAGAAAUGGACGAAAAGCAACUUCAAAUUGUCUAUAUUGUUCUGAUAAAUAUAUUGACAGUUUAGAAAGUUUCUUUCAACACAUGGUUGCAUGUCAUUCUGACAAGUAUCAUUUUUGUCUUCAGUGUAAUAUACGUUUUGCAAGCAAAGAUGGGCUUGCAGCACAUAUGAGAGACACUCAUUCAAGUAAUGAGAGGAUAUCUGAAGCCUUGGAUAGAUCAAAAGACACUUCACCAUUAAAAGAAUUACAUUCUGGUAGUCGGGAAGCAACUUUUAUUCAAGGAACUCGGGAUUUACUUCAAGAAAAAUCGGAAACAGACAAACGAGAUAAUGAACAUCAUCGUUUAGAUACUCCUUCUACUCCACCAACUUCAACUAAAUUGAACAUGUUUCAACGAUUAUCAUCGAACAAGGACUUUAGUAAUCCUGCAAGUCCUGAUUUCGAUAGUUCUUUUUAUUCUAGCGUUAGUUGCAAUAUUCGUGAAAAUUUAUUGCAUCAUCUAGAUGGUAAAUUAUUAAAUAAUGCUAAUAAUUAUUCAUUGGUGAGUCAUGAUAUCAAGCAACCUCAACAACAACAUUACCAGUCAUUUCAUGAGUCUGGAAAUCAAAUCCAGUUUCCUAUCGACAUUUCUCUCACAGCUGCUACUCCGGUAGAUAGUAAAGAAUAUUCUCCGAGCGACAAGUGUGAAAAUUCAAGCAAGUACGCGCAGAAGCCUGGCAAAACGAGUCGUUCACACCCACGUAGGGUAUCGUUUGAGAAAUAUAAUUUCCCAAGGAAAUAUGAUGGUAAAGAACAAUGGACAUGCUCGAUUAAAGAUUUAAGUAAAUUUGAUAUUUACACUCAAUUGACGUUGAAGAAAAAGCAGGAAUUGUUGAAAGAAAAAAAUCAAUCAACUCCUGAGACCAUGGUGAAUUUAAGUAAUUCAGAAAUUGGUCAAACCAACUUGAAUGAUUCAAGUGAAGAUGCAAUAACUCCACUGCCGGAUGCUGAAAAUACCAGUGAGACUCCGGUGGCUAAAGAGAAAAUGUCAGGUGUUGAAGAUGAUGAUUCCCAAGAUACUCAAUUUUCUUUAGAGUUUGGGAAUUUCAUGAAGCUUAGACGUUGGGAUGAAUGUCCACCUGAAACUAUAAAAAGUAAAGAAAUUGUAUAUGCUGAGCUUACGGGUGAAUGGUCUCGACCACGAGUUUACAUAUGUGGUGCCUGCUCUUCUAGAUACUUGACUUUAAAAGAGAUGGAGGACCAUAAGGUUACCUCACAUCCGAAUGUUUGGUGUUCGCAUUUAGAAUUCAGUGGUGACCAACGUGAGUUAUAUAAACAUCUCUUUUUACCAGGCAAAAGUGCACCAGCUAUGAAGAUAGAAAAUAACAUACUGCCUGACAAAAUUUGCACAAAAUGUUCAAAGGCUUGUAAUACAUUAGCUGAACUUCAUAGACACAUGUUAGAGUGUGGUGGAGAUCAAGCUUGGUUACUUGGACUUUUUGGUAAUGGUAAGAAAAAAUGCAAGUGGCGUCCAUUUGGUAGUCGUAGCAGGAGACGUCGUCAACGUGGUAUGAAGAGAAAUAUACAAAAUUCACAAACGCCUCGAGUUAAUCAACCAAAAGAAAAACAACCUAGUGGUCCAAGGGUGCGACCAAGUGACUUCGAGAGUAUUCAAAAAAUGUUGGCAAAUUUACCAGCCAAGCGAUCAACCAGAAGAGACAUACAAGAGACUCAAAGCAGAUUGCGCAAAGGAACCAAUCAAUCAAGACAUUUAGGGGAAAAUAUAUCAUCAAAUACACGUCUAUCAAGUAAGGCUGUGCUAAGAAAUAAAUUGAUAAAGAAUGCAAAGUCAUUCCAACGAAAACGUUGUCGUGGUGAUAACAUAAGCGCAGCAAUAGAAAGUGUCAUCAAUAAUUAUAAGCCUAGUAAUAGAGGGAAUCAUCUUGAGAGUAAGAGGAAAGAUGAAGAGGAUACGAAUGGAGGGAGUAAUAUGAGUAAAGAACUGAAGGAAAUAAAUAAGUUAGAGAGUUCAAAGUUUAAAAGUAAAUCGGCUGAAGUUGCAAAGAAUGUUCAGUCAAAUAAUCGAUCAAAUAAGAUGGUUAAAAGUGUUGGAAUAGUUAGUAAGAGAAAAAAAUUAAAAAUUGAAGAAAAAAGACAACUAAAAUCAGUUAAUAAAAUUUCAUCAACUAAACAAGUUUCUAUGGGUACUGAGAAAAAAGAAUCAACCAAGUCUGGAAAAAGUUUGGCAAAAAAAUCAACAAAAGAUGAAUUAAAUCAAGAAAAUCAACGAAAAGUUUAUAAAUCUGUUAGUGAUAAUGUUUUAUCGCGCAAAAGAAAAUCAGAUCCUCAAAGUUCAUUAAAUGCAUCAAUUAAAGCAAAAACACAAUUAAGGACUCACGAUGGUAAGUUUGCUCGUAAUCCUGAGAGAAGUGCCUCAAGUCAAUGUGAAUCAUUAGGUUCGUCUAGUCAGUUAACUCGUACACGAACUACUAGAAGUGAUCCAGGUCCUCUUGUAACUCGAUCGAGGCUUAGAACCGUUGUACGAAAAGAAUCGAAUAUAGGAUUAAAGAAAAGAAUUACUCGAAUGUCUUCCGAUAGUGAUAAAAUGCCCACCCUCGAGCCUGUUGAUGGAUUAAUGGUGUGUCAGGAAGAAACCAAAAAAUCCUCCAAUAAUCUACCUAUUUUAUCUCCGGUUACACCAACGACAAGUCGAUCAAGUAUCAGAGUUAUUUCGUCUAAAUUAAAUGAAACUAAUAAGAAGAAAAUAAAUGGAAGAAAGGGAAGACAAAGUGUUUUAAGUAAAAAGUUGAAUAAAGUGGAGUCAAAUAAUGAGAAAGAAUCUUCUACGGGUAUAGAACUAGAAGACGAUGCAAGUUUGAAACAAGGUAGGGACCUUCGUGUGAGAAAAAGAAAAUCCUUUUCACCAAAAAUUCCAAACAGCUCGGACAAAGACGAACCACUAAAGAGACAAGGAAGUUUGCGAGAGUUAAAAUCUAGCGAGGAUGACUCUGAUGUUGCCAAGAAGAAUUCAAAGCCUCAGGUAGUUACUUCCGUUAAAAAAAACGAACCAUAUAAAGUUCUGGAAUCUCGUAAAGCUCGUCAGGAACGACGUACCGGAUCAUUAGAGGAGCUUUCUCAUCUUCAAGAAGUUCCGUUAGAAGUAAAGAAACUCUUAGGACCAAAAGACGAUCUUUUCACUCAAAUUGGAAUUGCCAAGAGUCCAAAAAGUCGCCGGAACUUACGACAAUUUAAACAAACAACGAAAAAUAAAAUUAAUUUUACCAGAAGAAGUAAAGUCAUUUCAAAUAAUAAAGAGCUAAAUUCUAGUACAGAUGCAGCUGAUGAAAAAUUGGAAAAAUUUCAAUCAAAAAAGUUAAACAAGAGUACAGAUUGGAGUGAAAAUUCAAAUGAAUCUAUUGACCAAGUUGAUUCAUCGCCAAAAAUUAAUACCUCUGAAAAGCAGAUUAUUGAUAGUGAAAAAUUGUUGACAAAAAACUCGAAAAAUACGGGAAGAAACCUACGAAGUAAAAAAUCAAUUGUCGAAUUAGAAUCUCCACCAAUUAAAGUUUUAGAAUCGGAAUCAAUUAAAUCAAUGACCAUUACAAGUGGUGAUAAUUGCGAUAAAGGGGAGGAAAAAGAGGAAGAAGGGGAAGAGCAUAAUGCUGACGACAGCAAAAGUGAGGAGUGUCAGAAAAUAGUGACGGCUGAUUUGGUUAGUUUAAGUUUUGAACAUCUGCAGCAAGAGUCGAGCAAUUCAAAUAUCGAUAGUGGCAAAGAAAAUUUAUCGGAAACGCCCGUUAAUAUUUCAAAAGCAAAAAUAUCUAGACCGAAAAAAUGCCGGGGAUUUCGACGUGAUCGGGUAGUGAAAAGGACUUUGAAUAAUGUCAUAGGAAUUUUGACGGAGGGCGUAAAUAUUCCGGUAGAAGUACAACAAAAUGUGGUGCUUACUGUGCAAACAUCUAUUGACAAUAUGAAUGCUAAUUCGGGAAUUCAAAAUAGUCGAGUUGAGUUAGAUGAUAAUGGUGUCUCCCCUAAUACUGUGUCUAGUGUUAUUAUCAACGAAAAUGUCGAUGAAAAUCACAGAAUCAUUAAUGAAUGUGUUUCGAAUGAUAAUGACAAUAAAGAAAGCAAUAACGAAGAAAUCCAAUGUACAAAUAAUUCAAAUGAAAUAGAGAGUGACAAUGCUCUGUUAAAAAAUAAAAGUGAAUCGAAUUUAAAGACUGAAAAUAAUGUUUCUGAUUCAUCAAUUGUUAAAGAAGACAUAGAAGAACCAAAUGACAUUAUUUUAGAUCUUUCUCGACGAAAAACCAAAGGAAAAGGGUCAUUUUUGGAAAAAAUUGUCUCGAAAAUUGCUAAACAAAAGGACGCCCUACUUGAAGGGGAAGUAGGAUCCUUACUUGAUCAUGCGGUUGAUGAACUCAGUAUAAUUUUAGAUGAAGUUGGACCUGUGCUAGGGGAAUCAAAUGAGUCGGCAAAAAAUUUGCAACGGGAUGAAAUCGAUGAAACAUAUAAAAGUUUAAUUUUAUCGAAAGAAAAUAAUGAAGAAUUAAAAGAAGUUAAAGAUUCUUUAGUUACUGAAAAUAAUAUAAAAGAAGAUUCACGUGUAGAUGUUACUGUUAGUGAUUAUAUUAAUAAUAUUAAUGAAAAUAAUUGUGAAACUUUGGAGAAUGUUAAUGAAAUAACUCAGAGGACCUCGAAAAAAAGAUCCUUAGAGGUAGAAGAAACAACGAAUAAAAGAAAAACUGUUGAACAGAUAGAAGUUGAGGCUGAUAAAAUUGAAGACGAUUUGUGUUUAGAUGAUAUUAUUGAACUAAUCAAUACCCCUAAACGAGAGUCUUUAGUCAUUAAUGAGAACGAACAAGAAAAAGUUCGUCCUGGCAAGCGGAAAAAUGCAGACAGGCAGCAGGAUAGAGAUAAUGAUGAUGAAGGCAAUGAUACGAAUGUUUGCAGUUCUGAAAACUGUGGUAAGCCUCAAAUUGAUGUAAUUAAACCUAAUAAAAAGUCAAAGCAAUGCAGAGACGAUAAAAACGAUAGUAAAAUAGUAGACAGUCCUGUUGAAAGUAAUAAAAAUAAUAAUUCUCCUGCUGGAAACAAUUCUAAAAUCAAUAGUAAUCAAAUUAGUCAAGACGAAGAGAACAAUCAAUCUAAGGAGAGUAAAGAGACAGAAAAACUAGAGUAUUUUAAUGAUCAAGCUAUUGAAUCUACUGAUUUAAAUCAAGACAAAAUUGAUAAUCAAUCAAUGUCUUCAGAAUUAAAUCCAUUAAGUAAUAAAGUUGCUGUUAUUGAAGCGAAUUUAGCGACAAUAGAUACGAAAGAAAUCAUAAAAAACGAUUGUACUCUAGAGGAAUCUAUAGAUGGUAAGAAAAAAAAUUUAUCUGAUGAAAGUAAGUUGGAAAUGAAAGAGGAAAAAUCAACGAAAUUGAGAAAACGUAAUAAUAAAAAGAAAUCAGGAGCAGAUAAAAAUUUGGAGUUAUCAGAAAAUGAAGUAGUUAAAAAGGCUGAUCAUUCAUUUGAACAUGCAGGAUCUGGUAGUAAUAUUGAUGAUGCUAAGGUUUUGGAUCAAAUAAAUUCCGAGAAUAAUCCAAAUUCUAGCGACGUAAGUCAAAAAUCACCAUCAAUGAAUGCCGAAAAAGGAAAAUUACAGUCGUUUAAAAAUUCAAAAACAACAGAAAUUACUGAGACUCCACAAAAUACGAAAACUCGUGGAUCAAAGAAAAAGUCUUUGGCAGAUGAACAUUUAGAGUUGACUGAUGAUGUUAUUACUCCAAAGAAAAAAUUGAAAGAUACACUUGAAGAUACUGCAGACAUAAAAAAUUCAUCAAAUUUAAAUAUUGAAACUAAAGAGAAUUCUUUUGGGGAUACUCGACCGAAAGGUUUAAAAUCAAAGAAAAAGAAAGAUGAUGAUGACUGUUUUCAAGUAAAUUUACCUAAAGAAAAACCAAAAACAGUUGAAGAUGAAAAUAAUACAUCAAAUGAUACUUUAAUUGAAAGAAGAAAAACUUUGAAAAGAAAGGCUAAGGAAAAUAUAUUUUUAAUUGAAGCUCUACUUGAUUUUUACUACGAUACUGACAGUUUAUCAGAGCCUGAAAGUGCCAAAACUUCUAAUGAAGCUUUAGAACCUGUUGGAGAUUCACAAAAAGCUUCAAAUGAAACAGAAAAGGUCAUAUCUAAAGAAAAUAUUCAAACUCAAUUAGAUGAGAUUGAAAAUAAAAAUAAUGAUGAGAAAAUUUCAACAGAAUUAACGUCUCCUACUGUGGAAACUCCUGCCCUCGAGCCUGAGAAUGCGGUCGAUGAUGGUUUAAAUGUAAAAAAACGAGCAUCUGGUAAUUUUGCCGUAGUUCAUACUAAGUCUGGUGAAAUUUUAAUUGUAGAAAAGAAGAAAAAAUUUACGAAGGAAGCAGCAAAAUUUUUCUGUAAUGUCUGUACUACAAGUUUUACGAGAAAAAGUUCUUUAAAGAAACAUAAUCAAUCACAAUCUCAUUUAUUGCAAGUCACAAAAGUUGGAGCUGAUCAAGAAAACCAGGAAGAAUUAAUGUCUCUCGAUGAUGCCACUGUGUCAUCGAUUGAUCGAAGUGAGAUUACUGUAAAUGAAGAUCACCUUGAAACAACAACUACAACAACCGAUAUUAUGGAAGAGAAAAAAGAUGAUGAGAAUAAUGUGAAGGAAAAGCAAAGUGAUGAAAAGAAUACUGAAAAUAAUAAAAAGUUGCCCGAGGUUAAGAAUGAUUUGACUGAAGGUAUUGAAACUAAAAGUACUUUGAACAAUCAAAUGGGAACAGAUCUAGAAGAUGAAUUGUUAGAUGAAGAAAUAUCGAAAAUCACCGAGCACAUGACUCAUGAUGAAUACGUUCUAACAGAUCACAUAAGUCCAAUGCCAGAAGGAACCUCUACGCCAGUCAAAGAAGCAAAUGAAUCACUUGCUGAACUUUCCAACGUCAGUGAGAACGAACAAAAGUUACAACAUGAAAAGAUUAAUUUAGCUGAUGAACAUUUGAACUUGGAUUCACCUAUUUUGGCUGACAAACUCCAGCAUCGAGAUGAUCAUCUAAAUAAAUUUACACCAGGAAAUUCUCUAUUCACUCCAGAAGACGGUUUGAAUGAUUUAGAAGAUAAUAAAAAUACUAAAAAGUUUGUCACAAAUCUUGAAGAGAAUAAUUCUGUUGAAUUAAACAAGAUAAGCGAUUUGAAACAAACUUUAGAUGAAUCAAAAGUUAGUUUAGAUUUUACAAAUAUUACUGAAAAGCUUAAGAAUAAUGAAUUCAUCAAAAAUAAUUCGAAAAGUUCAGAUGGAAAUAAUUUGGAUGUAAAUUUAAAGAAUGACCUUGAGAUAGAAAAUAAUUCAGAACUGAAUGAACAAGUAGAAGACAUUGUAAAUUUACCUUCAAUUUGUGAUAAUUUGUUAUCAAAAGAAAAGUCGAUUGAUAUUGACACAAUUCCAUUAAAAAGAAAAAAAGAACGUUCAGUUGAUUGUGAAAAUUUCGAUAAUAUAAAGAAAUGCAAUAGAAGUUCAGUGCAAGGAGAUGCAAUCAAGAAGGAUAAUGGAUCAGAAUUGAAUCGGAAAUUAUCAAAAUCAGUCGAGAAAAUAAAGAGAGCUAAAUCAAAAAAUAAAAAUAGCAAUGAUAAGGUAGUUGCAAAAAAAUUAAUUGAAGAUAGUAGUGACAGUGAGUAUGAUGAAAAAAAUACAAGUGAAGCUCAAAGUAAAGGUAAAAUAGUUAAGAGUGUCUUUGGGCGUGCAUUGACGGGGGAAAAGGUCGAUAAAGUAAAAGAAGUAUUGGAUGAUUGGGUUUCACGUUUUGACAGUGAUUCCCAAGAAAACUCUCGGGGGAAUAAUUGGCGUAAUCGAAAAGACGAGAAAAAGAAUAAACAUGAAAAAUCUUUAUCCAACACAAAAUCAAAAGUAACUUUGAAAAAAAAUAAUUUCAAUUUAGAUCAAUCAUCAAGUAGAGAUACAAAUGAAUUGUCAAUAAAUUCACGAUGUCGUCAGAGUAAGAAACGUGCUGAAGAGCGUAUUUCUCGUGCUUUUGAAGAGGAAUCAAUUCCUUAUGAAUUGGCCUAUGAAAUAAGAAAGCAAUCAAAUUCAAUAAAAAAUAUAAUCAACUAUGAAUCUCUCAUAGAGGAAGGAAAUCAGGAUAAAUUAGAGACUGAUUCAGUUAAAUCAUCAGAUAGCAAGAAAUCAAAGAUGAAAGAGAAUGAAUUAAUAAAUGAAAUAAAUGAAAAUGUUGAUGAAAAAGAUGAAGGUAUGGAUGAAUUUAAUAGCAAUUAUACAAAUCUAAAACCCAAAACUGAUGAAUUCCUUUUCCCUGAUACAAAUUCUAUGGAAUCUAUUCAUACUCGAGUACCUAGUUGCCCUCGAGAACGUUCUUCAACUCCAGAUUUAGUAUCCCUAACUACUCGAGACUCUGAAAACGAUGCGGAGAUUGGUACGGAUGUUGAAGAUGACAAUGAGGAUAUUAUACGUGGUAGACUUUCGCCAUCGUAUGUUAGUAAUUUGCCAGAGAGUUCAAUUGAUAGUGCGUCCAAUAGUGAAGAUAAAGCGAAUAAAGAUGAAAGUGUGAAAAUUAAUCGAAGAAGUUCUGGUGAAUUUUCCGGCGAAAGAAUUUUUAUCAGAUCAACAGUAUCUAGCCAAGAAAGUCGGUCAGGAGUUGUGACCAUUGCCCCUACUGACGCAAUCGAAGACAACGCCCUGGAUGUACCUCAAGAGACUGAAGAAUCGCUCCAGAAAUCACGUUCGGGAAAAGUUUUAAAUUUUGAUGAGGAAUUAUUUGUCGAGUGUUGUUCAAGAUUAAAAGCAACUACUGAAAAUGAAUUAAGAGGAACAAAGAAAAUAAAAUUAGAUCAUUUAGAACAUUAUGAAUCUAAAGUUGAUCAAAACAUACCAAGAACUAAUCGAGGACGUUGGAAGGAUACUGAUAAUCAGAAUAGUUUGGGAAGUCUUCUUGAAUCAGUUAAUCAGCUACUUGGAGAAGAAAUGUACAGUAGAAAUCGUGCAAAUGAAUACCACAAGCGUAGUCAAGGUUUCCGUAGUGAAACACCCAGUCCUGUAACUGAAGAGCAGUCAGAUUUUAUUCAAACAGAACAUCCUGCUUAUGAAGAUAGUCUGGAUGUGGCUUUCGAACAUAACAACAAGCUUCGAGAUAAAAUACAACAACGUAUGAGAGAAAGUGAAAAUUUAAUUGCUACUUCAUUUAGUCACAAAAGUAAUAGUAUCAGUAAUAGUAAUGAUGAUAGCCAUCAUCGUCAUCAUCAUCAUCAUCAUCGACACCAUCACCAUCAUCAUCAUCACCAUCGACAACAGAAUCACAGUCGUCAUCAUGAUAAUUCUCAUCAUCAAAAACGUCAUCAUGAGAAGAAUUAUGAUGAUUACAACAAAAAUAAUGACAAUUUAGAUAAUUCUAAUAAUAUUAGUACAAAACAUCUAUCAUUGGAGUCUGUAGGUCUAAAAAAUAAAAUGGAUUCAAAUCUUGAUGGACUUUUAGAUAAAGCACUAUCUAAUAUUCUCCACAAUAAUGGGAAAAAUGAUCACAACGCUUCAACUCCGAUGAAUGUAUUGGCAGAAUUAGCAUGUGCUCAAGUACCAACUUCAACAAUAAGCGAAGUUAAAUUCACAAGGGAGAAAAUACCGAAGACGAAAACUUUAUCCAAUGGGAAUGAUUGGCUUGUAAGUCCCCAAAGUACCGAUAAAAUUGAACGAGAUCAGCUGAAGAAACCGAGGAAUCCAAUUAAAGAACUUUUUGAACGUAAGAAUGAGCUUAAUGACAGAAAACAGCAUGAAAACUCUUGCAUCACAAGUUCAGAAAAAGAAUCUAUUGGAUUAAAGCAAAAAAUGAAAAAAGUAAAACGUCAAGAUGAUUUUCCAUUAAUACGAAAGGGUCCAUUCAGAGGAAUGAGUGAAAGAAAAAAACGACGUAAUGAUAAAAAGCGUGAAAUUCCAAAUAAAAUUAAAGAUGUUUAUGAAUUUGACGAUGAAGAAAGUGGAGAAUCACGUUUUGGAACAACUUUAUCUUAUAGAAGUAAAAAUGAAAAGAGUAUUGCAAGUAAAGCAAUUAAAUCUAAAGAAAUAAAUGUUGCAGAAUUAGUAUCUCGGACAAUUACAAAAACACUCGAAAAUGAUAAAGCAGUAGAUCCAUUGGGUAAGAGAUUAGAGAAUAUGAUAGAACGUAAAUUUCAAGAGAUAGAAUCAUCAAUACCAAAGACAAAAGGUGCACUAAAAGCUUAUCAUGUAGAAGAAAAGCAACAGCAAUCAAUAAGAGGGCCUAUGGAUAAUUUUGUAGAGAGAAAAUUGUCUCGACGUUUGAGUGUGGAGCAUUUAAAUAAGCAUAAUAAAACGAAAAAGAAAACUAAAAACUCGAAAAAACGUUCGAGAAAUGCUUGGUAUGAGAAUGAUAGCUCUGAUGAAUUUGUGACAGCCAUUAAGAAGGAAAAUAUUGGAGUGGGCAUAUCAAAGAGUCAGAGAACUUGUUCUAAAGGUAAACAAAAUUUAUUUGCAGAAUUAUCAACAUCAUCUGAGAGUGAAUAUGACGAUGAUAAAGUUAUUUAUCAGUCUAAUAAAAUUAUAAAUAGCAAAGAGAGAAUAGACAUGAAUUCAGAUAUAGAAGAAAAUUAUGAACAACAACUUGAUAAUAGUAAAAUUAAUAAUUGGAUAGAUAUUAAUUGUAAAAAUGACUUUGAAAAUAAAAAAUCGGAAUCUGAUUUGUCAGAUCAACCAUUGAUUAUUGAUGAAAAGAAAGAGAGUGAUGAACAGGAUAAUAGUGAUAAUGAUACAGAUAAUCGAUCUGAACAUGUUUUUGAAUUGGACGAUCUUUAUCGAGAAGACAGUUCUGUUGUUGGAUCGGAUUGUGAAGAAAAUAGUACCAUUUCACGACUCGAUAAAGCCGAUGAGACUCAAAAAGAUGAUAAUAGUGAAAAACAUGAUUUAAUUCCGUUAGAAAAAGCAUUAGAUUUAUUAGAAAGUUCUGAAAAUCUUGAAGAGAUUCCAACUAGUACUAAAACUUCAAUACAAACACAUUCCCGGGAUAUCUUUGAAAGAGAUGAUGAAAUAAAAAGGCAUGAAGAUGAUGAUUUUGAUGAGAUGUUGGAAACAAAAGAUAGUUUUAAAAAUUCAACUGUCGUCGAUGAACUAAAUGAAUUGACAGAAUUGCCAGAAAAAUUGACAACUAAUGAAAAACCAGAUGAAAAAGCAUCUGACAAUCUUCCACUUCAUGUGUUUCUCAGUCGAAAAGUUCAAGAGUCAAAGAAACGAAAAGAAGAGCAAUUGAAAAAGCAACAGGAAGAAGAACGUGUUGCUAUGGAAUUUCAAUCUACUAGGAGACAAAGAAAAUGUGCUAUUGGGAAGCAAGGACUGUUAGCUGAAAUAAGUAGCUCAGAUGAAGAAUAUUAUUUCAAGAAUACUAUGCGAAGGUCUAUAGAUAAAUCGGAUUACGAUAAAUCAAGAAGACAAAAACGUGAAUCUAAAGAGAAGAAGAAAGAAAGGUAUAUGGAGAAGAAACAUGAGCAGAUAAUAGCUAAAGAACAAAAGGCAAUUGAAGAAGAAAUUUUACGCGAGCUUGAACUUAAAAAAGAAAUCAAUGCGCAAGAUGAUAAGGAUAUUAAGAAGAAUAGUAAAAGUGAGAAGAAAAAGAUGAAGAAUGAUGAGAAUGAUGAAGAAAUGGAUAAUAAAAAGCAUCAACGAUUGAAGAAAAAUACUGAUGAAUUUUUAAAUGUUAAUAAAAUUAAAAAAGAUGAUAAGUUUAUUAGUGAUAUUGAAAAUAAAACAGAUACUACAAGUACAGAAAAUGAAACAGAUAAACGAGGUGAACGAAAGACUUCAAUAAGUUCAAAAAAAGAACAUUCUACAUCAUCGAAAAAUUCCAAGAAAACUGUUAAGUCAAAUAAAAAAUCUACUGGCGCUAAUAAAAAAGGUAAAAAUGGUCAUGAUUAUUCACGAUCAAAUAGCACAGAUGACGAAGAAUUAAGGACAACAAAGUCUUGGAAUAAAGUCGAAGAAGGUGUGGGUGUUGCUAUUGGAAGAAGAAAAAGGGCAGCAGCAAAUCAACUGUAUUAUUGGUCUAGCUCUAGUGACGAUGAUGAAGAAUUUAUUCAACCGUCACCCGAAGUUGAAGAAGAAGAUGACCGACAAGAGCAGCAUGGUUGGAUAGUUGGAGAUUCUCAUAAAAAAAUGAUAACAAUGCUUGCAAUGGAAAAACAGUUGAAAGAAAAACGAAGAAGAAGUGAAGAAGAAUUUGGUAAUAUUAAAACAAAAAGUAAAAAGCAUAGAAAUAGCACUUCUUGAUACGUAUUUCAUGAUUAAAAUAGAGUAAAGUAAAUUAUAAAAUUUAAAUAGACAAGUUUCUUAUAUUAUUAAGUGAAUGAAAGAUAAUUCUCGUUGAAAUAAUAAUUAUUAUACUGGUCAACAAAUGCAUAAUUAUAACUAUUCGAUAGUUUUAUCAGUAAAUUUGUAAUGGGUAGUAAAAUUAUUAAAAGAAUUAUUUCUUUUUGUUUUGUACAGUAAUUAGAAUGAAUUUGAGACUGGUAAAAAAUUUUCGAUAGAAUUUUUUUAAAAUAAUCUAACGAUUUACUGCCAGGUAACGCGCUUCAUUAUACAAAUAUACAAUCACGACAAAUGUCAUGUUUUAUGUCAUGACAAAUGGUCAUAUAAAAAAUAUGUAUAAUUUGUUUUCUUGCGUCGUAAAUAUUAAUAAUGGCUAAAUUUAUAAAUGAUAUAAGUGUAUUAAUAAAUAAUUCAUUAGAUCAAAUGAGUAAUGUUAUAUAAAGGAUGAAAGGUAAGCACCCUUAGA